CUGGGGGAGCCUAGGAGGACCAUGUGAGAUAAAGACUGAGGUCCAGGAAGGGGAAGAGAGUCGGUAGCAGGGGGGAGGGUGGAGGGGGGGAUAAUCACAGAAAGUGUCACGAGCGGCUCCCCCCUCCUCCUCCUCUUCCACUUUUUCCUCCUCCUCCACCUCGUCCUCCUCAGUUCCAUUUCCCAAGUGGGAGUCCAACGGGGGGCCAGAGGGAGCAGCCCGGCAAGGGGGGCCCCGGGCGGGCAGGCAGGGGAUGCCGCUGCUGGGGUGGAGAGUGCAGUGGCUAUGCUGGUGGUGGGGGCUCUUGUGCGGCUGCUGCUGCCCCCCGCCAGUGCUGCCCCUCCUGCCCGCCGCGGCCGCUGCCGCCACCGGAGGGGCGCUGCUUGGGAACAGCAGCGGGAAGAGCAAUAGCCCUGGAGAGCGGCAAGAGCCACUGCAGCCACCAACCCCGCAGCCGCCGUCCUCCUCUUCCUCCUCCUCUGGUUUCCUUUACCGGAGGCUCAAGACACAUGAGAAACGGGAGAUGCAGAAGGAGAUUUUGUCGGUGCUGGGGCUGCCUCACCGACCCCGGCCUCUCCAUGGAUUACAGCAGCAACAGCAGCCACUACCUCUGCAGCCCGAGCAUCGCGGGGCGCUACCAUCCCCGCCGCCCCCACCACCUCCAGGGAGACUGAAAUCAGCUCCGCUCUUCAUGCUGGAUCUGUACAAUGCCCUGUCCGCAGACGAGGGAGAAGAGAGGGGAGAGGAGGAGGAGAAGCAACAGCCUCCGCCCCAAGGAGGGGGCGACCGGAGGGGCUGGUCCCAGCAGCGGCUGUCGGCCAGACGGCCCCUGGCUCCAAGCACGGCGGCGCAUGCCCUGCAUCGCAAAAGUCUCCUCGCCCCGGGUCCCGGUGGCAGCGGCGGAGCGUCCCCGCUAGCCAGCGCGCAGGAUAGCGCCUUUCUCAACGAUGCUGACAUGGUCAUGAGCUUCGUAAACCUGGUGGAAUAUGACAAGGAAUUCUCUCCUCGACAACGCCAUCACAAGGAAUUCAAGUUCAACUUGUCCCAGAUUCCUGAGGGAGAGGCUGUAACUGCUGCUGAGUUUCGAAUCUACAAGGAUUGUGUCAUGGGGACAUUUAAAAACCAAACUUUUCUUAUCAGCAUUUAUCAAGUCUUACAGGAGCACCAGCACAGAGAUUCUGACCUGUUUUUGCUGGAUACCAGAGUAGUGUGGGCCUCAGAAGAAGGAUGGUUAGAAUUUGACAUCACUGCUACCAGUAAUCUGUGGGUGUUGACUCCACAGCAUAACAUGGGACUCCAGCUGAGUGUGGUGACCAGAGAUGGUCUUAAUGUCAACCCAAGAGCUGCUGGUCUGGUGGGCAGAGAUGGCCCUUAUGACAAACAACCCUUUAUGGUAGCAUUCUUCAAAGUGAGUGAAGUUCAUGUACGCACCACAAGAUCAGCAACUAAUCGACGAAGGCAACAAAGUAGAAAUCGCUCCACUCAGUCACAGGAUGUGUCUAGGGUUACCAGUGCCACGGAUUAUAACAGCAGUGACUUAAAAACAGCCUGUAGAAAGCAUGAACUUUAUGUGAGCUUCCAAGACUUGGGAUGGCAGGAUUGGAUAAUUGCACCAAAAGGAUAUGCAGCCAAUUAUUGUGAUGGAGAAUGUUCCUUCCCUCUCAAUGCACACAUGAAUGCAACAAACCAUGCAAUUGUACAGACUCUAGUUCACCUGAUGAAUCCUGAUUAUGUUCCUAAACCAUGUUGUGCACCUACCAAGCUAAAUGCUAUUUCAGUGCUUUAUUUUGAUGACAACUCCAAUGUCAUCUUGAAAAAAUACAGAAACAUGGUGGUGAGAGCUUGCGGAUGUCAUUGACCUGAAAACCAAAAUCUCACCUGGUAAAAACACUAUGAAAUUCUGGCCUGGAUUGCUAGGUGGCAUCUGCUGUGAGAAAAGCUACAGAGGAGGCAUGGCUGAAUUUGAGUAAUCUGUCAAAUAAUUACAUGUUGGUGCCUUAUGAAAAAAAGAAGAAUUAAAGGACUUUUCAUUAAUAAAUUGCUCACUGGAUAAAUAAUGUGAGUAGGCGAUGGAUUGUAGUAGGCUUAGUAUGGAUAUAACAAGAUGGCAUGAGGGUUUGCUAACUGCAGAAAUGAGAGUUGAAGGAUUUUCCAAAGAAAAGUCUGCCAAAUUUAGUUUGUUUUAGCUUGGAUCAAGCUAUUCAUGGUGUUAAUGCCUGAGAGUGAAGAGUAAAAAUAUAAAUUUAGGGAAAUAAAGCUAUUAUUGGCUAUGUAAUGCUAACAUGAAUUCAUUCUGUCAAAGGUAAAUAAGCUUGGGGACAAAUUUUACGGACAAAUCAUUGGUGUUAGGGUUCAUUCAAGACAAAAAAAAAUUAGACUGACACCCCUAGGCAUAUCCUGAGGGUUCAGGAAGUGCCUUGUUUUAGAGAAUAAUUACUAUAUGUGUUUGAGCUUUGCUGGUGUGAAAAUACACUUAUUUCAAUCAAAGAAAAAAAUGUUUCCCCACACCUCAAUCCUCCUACUAAAUCUCUUUUCCCUUAGGUCUGAGCAUACACUGAACUUAUAUAUGUAAGUACUAAGAACUUGGCCCAUCUUCCUUUGAGGUGAAUCUGUACUGGGGGGUGGAGUGUACUCUUAACAGUUGUCUUCUUGACAGACUGUAUAACUUGUGAAAACAGUGUUAUACUUCACCUCUUUAGUAGAUCUUGUCUGACAAUUACACAAUUACAGCAAAUGAUGGAAAAGUGAAUCUGGCACCCCCAACUAGAGCAGUGAAAUGUUUGUCUGUUAUUAUAGAGCAAACUUUAUCCCAGAAUCAAAACUAAAAAAAAAAAGGGUAAAAUUAAAAGUAUGUGCAGAAAUGAUCAAUCAGAAAGUACCCCAAUAUGUUAUGAAGUAGGUUGAGUGAUUACAUUGUUUAAGAAAAGAAAAAGAACCACAGUAUCAGGUGGAGGUGGUCAAGCUCAGAUUAAAUCUUAGAUUAUUUUUUAAAAAGCUGUUUUGGGGCAACCAUGUAAUAAGAAAUCUAUUUCAUACUAAACUGGUUAAACAAUACAUUUAUGAUCUAUAACUAUUUGCACUUACAGUUUUUUGUAAAUAUAAACUAUAAUUUAUUGUCAUUAUUUUAUAUCCAUAUUGCUGUAUCAUUUAAAGAAAGACUAGACUUUUAAAAAAAAAGAGUUUAUUUAGAAAGUUUCAGUGUAAACAAAUUGUACCACUUUUUUUAAUACAAGAAUCUCAUGAUGCAAAAACAAAGCUCCAGCCAUUCAUGAGGAUUGUGCUUCUCUAGACAAUUUUUUUAAAACCAUUUGUGAACCAACCAUGUGUGUUUAAUAAAGACUUCCUUCAAGGCAGAGAUGGAUGGGUAAGAUGGCCUAGUUGAUUCUCUGCUUUAAAGUAUAUAAAAUAUAUCUGAAAAAAGUUCUUGCCACCUUGUGCUAAAUGAGAUAUCCUGGGGUGGGGCUGGAAUGAAGAAAAGGGGAAAGGGAGAAAUGAGGGGAAGGUUAGGGUGAUCUUGAAGAAAAGUAUUUUUAGGAGACUUUAAACAAGGUAGCUAGUCAAGAUGUAAUUAAUUACAUGGUGAAUAACACAAGAGAAACAACUUCACUGAAUUUGGCUAUGGAGCUGCUCAUUUCCAAAAGGAGUUCUAGGCAUAACCACCAAUUCUUUGGUUCUGAUCACAAGGGGUUUGGGGGAAGAGUAGGGAAAAGCAUACUCAGACACCACAGAAUCAUCUUUCAGGGCCGCACAAAGUAUCUAUCCUCCCAUUAAGUCUUUGAAAGGAUCACUUACAUUUUAAGGAAAUUUUUGGAGAGGUUACGUUUAGACAGAGCCAUAACUAGCAAUUUUGGCCAACAGGGCAAGGAGCACAAAAUGUGUUUAGGAAGAAGUACAAAAUGAGCCCUCAAAUGAAUUUUGUAAAUUCAUGAAAAAUGAUACAUAUAAUUCAGAUUAAUCUAGAGCAAAAAGAAACAAUUAUUACAUCAGCAUCUACCUCAAGUAGAUGUGUUAAAUUGUUUGUGCCCUUUAAAUUUCAGUGCUCCAUGGCGAAGCCCCAGUCAGCCCACCGUAGUUACAGUUCUGCAUUUAGAGCACUGUGGCAGUACUUCAUGUCCUCUCUUUUUCCUCACCUGCAUGACAAAACAAAAGGCUACCCUACCUUUUUUUUUUCCAGGUGAAGAGUAUAAUCUAAAUCUUCAUUACAAAGUUAAAAAUAUUUAUUAAUAGAAUAUACUCAGGACUACCUUCAAAGCUUCCUAAAAUAGCCCAAAUCCAAGUCUGAAGAGAGCUUUGCCAAUACUUUAAAAAGGCUCUUUGAUACCUCUCCUACUCCUUUAUGAGUAGAUUAAUCAAACAUUAAAGUUUGAGAAUACUCCAGCUUCAAGUAAAGAGAAAUGAAGCAGUGGAAAUUUUGCUCCAUAAGGAACAAACAAGAGAAUCUUGAGGAAUAAUUCACCUGACAUGUAGACACACACACACACACAUACAAUUAUGGCAUCACAUAAUCUUACUCAGGCACAGGUUAAAAGUACCAUCACUUUCAUUUUGGCUAACUUCCUGUGAUGAAACAGGAACAGAACAAGAAUCCCAUGGUGGUGGCAUUCAGGCUCUUCCAAAGGUGGGAGUUUGAUCUUUAAACUCUUUUCCAAGCAAGUUACCAAAAGUCUUAUUAAUAAGUGGUAAGUUUUCCUUUAAAAGGCAACAACAGGACUUCUAAGGGUUUCCACCUUUCUAGCAAUUGUGGGCAAUUUACAAACUAUAAUUUGGCAGCUACUUUUGACCAAAAUCAUCCCAAAGUCAAAAAUAGUCUGCCAAUUCCCUUAACUUGAUUUUCCUCACCUCUAUUUAUGUCUUAAAGGAAACCAUUUGAAUUUCAUCAAAGAAAGGUCAAAGGGCAAUUAUUGCUCUACUGCUGCUGAAAAUAUUCAGUUUGCACAGUGACCAUUUGUUAGAUAUUUACCCAGACAAACCUAAUAAUCAGUACAGUGUGUUGGCUUAAAAAACACGCACACACAGAAGAUACCACAAAUUUAGUACAUUCAGUUUCCCAAAUAACCACCCUUUGAGAUUCAGCAACAUUAGCAUGAACUAACUCCUACAAAUUGGGCAUAGGAGAACAGUCAGGGAAUUAACUCCCAAGGGAGAUUUUAUAGUUCAUCUUUUGCCUGUCGCAAAACAAAGCUGUGUAAUGUUUCGAGGUCUCUAGCUCCAUUGUGUUCGCCAACUUUUUCUCCUCCACGGAAGAAUAGCAAUGUGGGAUAGCCUCGUACCUUUAGAAAUGCAAAACAAAUAAAUGUAUGUUUUAAAAUGAGUGUUUUCAGUCAUACACUAACCAUUUCUUAAACUAGCCAAUCAGAUCCAAAUCAGAUGAUUCUUCUUGGACCUGACACCAUUAUGGUCAAAAUAUAAAGAAGCAACUCUUUAAUUUUUACAACAAAGCAAAUCUUACCAGACAUCUUAAAAAAAAGCAAAGGAGUGGAAAUGUUUACUCCAUACUGAAUUUAAAGGACCAUUAAGAGAAGAAAAAUGAUAAUCCAUCCUAAAGAAUAAAAUUAUUAUGGCUACAACCCA